UGUUCUCGGGGAUCUUUUUCUGGUUACACGGGAAGCGCACUUUGUUACUCGCACUUGCGACUGUUUCUUUUAAGUUUCUUGGUUUCUUGUCUAUAGCAGCCAUGUCGGACGCAGGUACGGGGGAUGCCUGUCGGACCCUUAAUUUUAACGUUGGGGUACUGGGACAUGUGGACAGUGGUAAGACGUCUCUAGCUAAAGCGCUUAGUAGUACUGCGUCCACAGCCGCCUUUGACAAGAACCCCCAGUCCCGGGAGAGGGGCAUAACGCUAGACUUGGGCUUCUCCUCCUUCACCGUGGACCUGCCCGACCACCUGCGUGAGGAGAGCGGGUGCAGGGACUAUGACAACCUGCAGUUCACCCUGGUGGACUGUCCGGGCCAUGCAUCGUUGAUUCGAACCAUCAUUGGAGGUGCCCAGAUCAUUGACCUGAUGCUUCUGGUGGUGGACGUGGUGAAAGGCCUGCAGACACAGACUGCCGAGUGCCUUCUGAUUGGAGAGCUCACCUGUUCACGCAUGGUGGUCAUCCUCAAUAAGACAGACCUGCUGGCCCCCGAGAAGAGACAGGCUGUCAUAGACAAGAUGACUAAGAGGAUGCACAAGACCCUAGAGAGCACCAGAUUCAAGGAUGUGCCAGUGAUUGCAGUAGCAGCAAAGCCUGGGGGGCCUGAGGCAGCAGAAACAGAGCAGCCCCAGGGAAUAUCUACACUGAUUGAGCUGCUGAAAUCCCAGACCUACCUCCCUCGCAGAGACCCCUCGGGCCCCCUGCUGAUGGCUGUGGACCACUGUUUCUCCAUCCGGGGUCAGGGUACAGUCAUGACAGGCACUGUGCUACAGGGGGCGCUGUCCCUAAACGACAUGGUGGAGAUCCCAGCCUUGAAGGUGACCCGGAAAGUGAAGUCCAUUCAGAUGUUCCGGCGCCCGGUGAGCCGGGCUAUACAGGGGGACCGAGUGGGCGUCUGCGUGACCCAGUUCGACCCCAAGCUCCUGGAGAGGGGUCUGGUGAGCUCCCCAGGCUCCUUGCACACCCUCCAUGCCGCCAUCGUAUCCGUCCGCAAGAUUGGCUAUUUCCGGGGCACACUCGCUACACGCAGCAAGUUCCACAUCUCCGUGGGACACGAGACUGUCAUGGCCAGGGCGUCCUUCUUUGGGCUCCCCUCCUCUUCCUCAACUUCAGAACCUAGUGGUCCCCAGUCCCAGGAAACAGGCUUGCUUCCGGACCCUACAGAGACCUCCUUCGAUUUCGAGAGGGAGUACCUCUUUCAGGAGGAAUAUACCCUUGGGAAAUUGGGGGCAUCCACGCACCCAGAACAGUGGACAUUGCUGGAGUUUGAGAAGCCUGUCACAUGUCCUGCUCUUUGCCUUGUGAUUGGUUCGAAGCUGGACACGGACAUCCACGCCAACACCUGCCGGCUCGCCUUUCACGGCCGACUCCUGGAGGGCUUUGAGGACAAGGGCUAUGCAGAGAGCGCGCUUCCUCGCCUCUGGCUGUACAAGACCAAGCAACGGGAGGGUCAGGUGGAGAGGGUGACCGACGACUACACUGUGAUUGGCCGAAACCUGUUCAAGAAGGAGACGAACCUGCAGCUUUUCGUGGGUCUGAAGGUGGCACUGUCUACAGGGGAGACCGGUAUCAUCGAGGGGGGGUUCGGCCAGAGUGGCAAGUUCAAGAUCCGUGUGCCGGAGGGGUUGCGUGCAGAGACCAAGCAGCUGCUGUCCUCCUCCAAGAAGAAAGCCAAAGGUGGAAGCAAGGCUGAACCAUCCAAAGAGGACGAGGCCAAGGCAGACUCACAGCCAGUCAGCAUCUACCUCACCUUCAAAAGAUAUGUUUUUGACCCCCACAAGAAAAUGAUACAGUCCUGAAUGCAUGUGCAAAUCAAUCAGGGAUGUGCAACAUGACUGAUACUUUAUGUCCUCAUAGUAUAGGGGUGGUAAGGAGGCAGUAUAAGGAUUGGGAUGAAGGGAUGUAAUGGACUGUGUGAUUUUUCCCAUUCACAGACGUCCGAGGUGCAAAUGUGCAGGGCUGAGCAGAUGUGCAGGGCUGAGCAGAUGUGCAGGGCUGAGCAUAGUCUCUUCACUGGUCUUCAUUUGGAUUUAUCAUGUCAACUCCAACCCACUAGUCUGUCAUUUUAUAGAAUGCCAGUGUGUUAUUUAUACUAAUGUUAAAGAUGGGUUUUAUUUGUGAUGUAUCUAUUGAGAAUGUAAAUUAAUCUGUUAAUAUAACUAAAAGGAAAGAGUGGUCUAAGCUGACAGGCUGUCCUACGCUGUUUGGGUAACAUGACAGGCAGGGGGGGCCUCGAUGUGGCUGCAGUCUGAUGAUGUGUCACUGAUUGUAAUGUUUUAUGUGGUUGAGACUCUGCUCUGCCUGUGAUGAUUUGAGCAGGAGGAGAAAGGGAGUGGAGAUAGAUCUGUAUGCUGGCUGGAUGGUCAUAUAACGAACACAAGUCUGCUGUUAUUGGGAAUGAGCAUCGGGGAACAAGCAGUCGGGUCUUCAUGCUAAUCAGGCUGCUGUUCCUGUCUCUGCCCUCUUCUCAUGGCCUCUGUUUUUCAUGAAAAUAUGCUUUCUGUUAAUGUUUCUUGUUUUUUUAAUGGAAAUGUGUUUAAUGAAUUUGACAGAAUAAAGUCAACAUGAAUAUGCA